CACGAGUCGUCAGAGGAGAAAAGAAAAGGCGAGAGUGAAUGAGAAUAAAAGGACAGUUCUAGUAGACAGGUCGACACCUGCCUUUCUCCGUCCGCAUUCUCGUCGGUAUCCUUGUCUGUUUUCAAAGACAUGGGUGAAUAAACAACCUAAUUAUUUCUUUAAACAGAAUAUAUUAAACAGAAUGUACUCGUUUUACACGGUUAUAUCAGGCUUGAAAGAGCGCACAUUUGGCGAGUGGAGUGGCGUUUAUUUAACCGUAAAAGAAUGAUCCCAACUAUUUUGACGCGGAAAGGUAGAGGUUUGUUUGUAGGCUACAUUGACAAGUAGUACAGGUGGUUUUGAGAGGGGUCGUGCAGAUAUUGUGCAGGAUGUCUGACCGAUGUCCAGUUUAGUAACCUGUAUAGACGGCCACUAUUUUCUAACAAGUCGAGGACACUCCAACUACAAGUGGCCAUGAAGGACACUGGCGAAUCAAAGGACCACCAACUAACAGUGGCCCUGAGGAUCAGACCCCUCAGCGAUUCUGAGCGGGAAGAGGCAGCCACCAUAGUGGCCCACAGAGUGGACAACCAGAUGGUGGUACUGAUGGACCCCAUGGAGGAUCCAGAUGAUAUCCUGCGUGCCAACCGUUCCCGGGAGAAGACCUAUAUGUUCGACGUUGCGUUUGACUACUCAGCUAACCAGGAGGAGGUGUACAGAGCCACGACCAAGGGCCUAAUCGAAGGUCUCAUAUCUGGCUACAACGCCACCGUUUUCGCCUACGGACCCACAGGUUGUGGGAAGACGUACACUAUGUUGGGUACAGACAGGGAACCGGGGAUCUACGUACGGACUCUAAAUGACCUGUUCAAAGCCAUCGAGGAGACCAGCGAUGACAUGCAGUACAACAUCUCCAUGUCAUACCUGGAGAUCUACAACGAGAUGAUCCGGGACCUUCUCAACCCGUCCUCUGGGUUCCUGGACCUGAGAGAGGACUCUAAAGGAGAGAUCCAGGUGGCUGGCAUCACAGAGGUCUCCACUAUCAACGCCCGAGAGAUCAUGGAGCUGCUGAUGAAGGGUAAUAAGCAGCGUACCCAGGAGCCCACGGCAGCCAACCAGACAUCGUCCCGGUCCCACGCCGUGUUGCAGGUGGCUGUCCGGCAGACGAGCCGCUGUCGAGACCUUCUACAGGAGGUCCGCUUCGCACGCCUCUUCAUGAUCGACCUUGCUGGCUCCGAACGAGCGUCACAGACACAAAACAGAGGUCAGAGGUUAAAAGAAGGGGCCCACAUCAACCGCUCCCUCCUGGCUCUGGGUAACUGCAUCAACGCCCUGAGUGAGAAACACGGCAACAAAUACAUUAACUACAGGGACAGCAAGCUGACGCGCCUGCUCAAGGAUUCGUUGGGCGGCAACAGUCGCACGGUGAUGAUAGCCCACAUUAGCCCCGCCUCCCUGGCCUUCGAGGAGUCUCGCAACACACUUAGCUAUGCCGACCGUGCCAAAAGUAUCCGCACACGGGUAAAGAGGAACCUGCUGAAUGUGUCCUACCACAUUGCUCAGUACACCAACAUCAUCUCUGACCUGCGCAGCGAGAUCCAGCGGCUCAAAAAGAAGAUCGCUGAUCAGGCUGGACGUCAGCUCAACCUUGACCGAGCUGACAUCCGCCAUGUCCAGGCGGAGGUGCAGGCCCACAGCACGCAGGCGAGCCAGGCAGAGAUGGACCAGCUGAGGGAACAGCUCCUAGAGGCCUUCAGGAGCCAGAUGGAGAUCAGGAGGAGCCUGAUGGAGCUGGACAACAGCAACAUGGAGAUCCAGAUGGACACCUCCAAACACCUGCUCACCAUCGCAGAUUGGGAGCAGGAGCGGAGUCGUCGUCGCAGGAAGUGGCGCGCGGAGAGGAGGAAGGAGAGCUUCAGUAAGGAGGAGAGUGAGAAGGACUCUGACUGCCCUGAGUCUCCCCCAGACAGCACUGAGACCCAGGAAGUAGCCAUGGCCAGAGAGAAUCUGGUCACUCUCAUGGCUGAACAAAAGAAGAUACGCAAACAGAAGGCGUCGCUAGAGAGCCACUUUGUGGAGCUGCGCGAGCGGGCCAGGCGCCUGGAGGAGCUGCUCCCUCGCAGGGUGAGCUGCGAGGAGCAGAGGGAGGUGCUGGGCCUCCUCUGUAAGGUCCACGAGCUGGAGAUCGAGAACGCUAAGAUGCAGUCCCACGCCCUGCUCAAAGACAACGUGAUCCGACAGAAGAACUUUGUGGUGCAGCGUUUCGAGCAGCACCGCCACCUCUGUGACGAGAUCAUCCAGCAGCAGAGACAGUUCAUUAACGACCACAGCCUUCUGGUGCCCCCCCACCUUCAGGAGCUGUAUGGGAUGUACAUGAGAGAGCUGGACGAGAGGAACCUGGACAGAGCCAUGGCCCUGGACAAGGUCACUGGAUGCACACUCAAGGAGGCCUCCCUGCCCAAGAUCAGCCUACCCAGCCGAGGUCGUGGCCUGCUGCAGGACGUGGACUCAGACCAGGAGAGCGUUCGCACCAUGGGCUCAGAGACCAGGCAUGGCAGGGCCAAGGCCCGCAGACACACCCUGCCACCUAUCCUACCUGAGGCUGAAGGAGACAACAACCGGGUGUUUAAGAGCAUUCCCCAUGCCAGACAGAUGAAACAUUCUGCUGUGAUGACCCCUCCUCCCAUCCACAUCAACGGCCAGGGGAACAGAGAGCUGCAGCCAUUGGCUCCAGAGACCACUCUGAGCUACUGCCACCUCAGCCACAGUGUCAGCAGUCACCUGGACUCCUCCCCUGAGAGCAGUGAGACGGGCCAGGAUGUCCCCCUCACACGCAAGGAGAGGCAGCAGAUCCUCAAAGGGAUCCACAACAUCGCAGUGAAGGCUGCUUGCCGCCGCUCCAAAGCCCUGGAAGUGGACGCCCUGAGGCUGCCCCCUCCUCCCUCCCCCCUGGACCCCAAGAAGCACAAGAGCAGCCUGUCUCUGAGUGAGGCGCCCCCUAGGGGCCUGGCCCUGCUUCGCGGCCGGCAGCCCAGCCCCGAGCUCCGCCACGCCACCUCAGAUGAGAACCUAUCCAGCAGCACAGGGGAGGGGCCUGGCUCCCAGGGCACCUGGACACGCCCACGCAACCGCCAGCCCGCCCCCAAGAACCCAAACCCCACCCUGCGUGAGCAGGACUUCGAGGCUCGCCGCCGGAAGAGACGCUCCCGCUCAUUCGAGGUCACAGGUCAAGCACUGUCUCAGUCUAAGACCAUGGCAGCCCAACGUGUCCGCCCACUGGACAGCACUUCAGACCCCCACCUCCACAUCAACGGCCAGCCCCAGGCCCCCCUGCAACGCCCACAGCACAGGGGGGUCCCUCCUCUCACCAAGGUCCGGCUGCCCCACAACAACCACCAAACAGGCCCCAUCACAGAGUCCUCCCCAGUCCAUCUGAGCAACCUGAAGCGUGCGUCCCAGCUGCGCCAGCCCCAGCCCCUACUCUACGUCACCACCACGGGCACCGGAGGCCAGCGCACCCGCAGGCACUGAGGGCCUACUAGCCUGCCACUCUAGGGUCAUGUUCAUUAGGGCAUGGAAUGGAAAACAUUUAGCAAUGUUUGUUGCCUAAUGGACACGACCCAGGGUUUUCUUACACAGGACCCACCAACACCAGCACUACCCUGACCAGCUGACCCUGAGAAUGUGGACUAGACUAGACUGGACUGGACUGUACAAAACUGGCCUCUCCAAUCUCCACCUUCAUGCUCCUGAUUGGCACACAGCCCGGUCUAACCCUGCAGCCUUGAGCCCCCCAAUGAGAGGAGGCUUACACAUGACCCCCACCUCCACACUGGCUGUAUGUUGAACCCAGAGACCUAGCUUUUCCUUGUGCUGAUUACAGAGAGAGACACUAAUAGGAUGGAUGAUGCCCCUAGACAAGAGGAUUGAAUACCUCACCAUCACAGUCUCCAAAGAUGACUCUUCUGUCUGUGAGUGAGUCCAAAAUGGCACCCAAGUGGCCCUGGUCAAAAGUAGUGCACUAUAUGGGGAAUAGGUUGCCAUUUCAGACACACUGUGACUGUUUUUCCUUGCUCCUCUUGUUUCCCUCAUUUCCACUGCUCAAGUGUUCCUGUGAGUGACCGUCCAGUGGCCACCACUGACUGCUACUAUGGCUCUGUACACACUCGGGUUGUACAAAUGAUUUGGCACAAGAAUUUUACUCUGUAAAAAUAAUUACACAAGCGUUGUGGACUCUCACCGCACAAUAGUUGUAUACACAUUUUUUGUGCAGACAAACUAUGUUGUAUCACAAAAAUAUCAGUUGUAUCACAACCAAUGUGUCAUAUGCGUCAGUUGUAGAACCUGAGUGGUAAGGGCCUAUGAUGUAAAGCAGACGGUACUAAUUGUUGCGCAACAAUAGACUAGUAGACUACAUCAUACUGCUUUGAUGACACUAAAUACUUAUUAUCAUGAUAAUGUGCUGAUGAAGCCUCAAUGUUACAUCAAGCUAAUGAAUGAAUUGAUUUUUAAGAAAUGUUAACUAAUGUAAUCUAAUUUAUAGACAGUCAGGCAGCUGUUUUUGGGUCAAUCCAACCUUGUUGCUUUGAAGUUAAAUUACAAAUAAGUCCUGGACAUUAUUUAGAGGAUGGAGAAAACAGCUAGGCUGGUCCCAGAUCUGUGCUCUUGCCAUCUUAAUCACUGUCAUUGUGGUGCCAAAUGUUUGGCAUCACAAUGAGUGACAGAGAGUUGGCAUGAUAACAUAAACAGACUGGCACUCAGGAUAGAAAACAGGACCCAGUACAUCAACAUUCUCUGAGUGUACAUUUGACAUAUGAACAACAAUAAUAUUAUUAUUAUCAUUCACUACUACAUAGAGCUGUAAUCCAAGUAUAAUCUCAAUCUCAGUUAUCAAAAGCACAUAAUGAGAUCAGAGAAACGUGACCUUCUGGAUGAUUACUGUGCACUUUUGUAUUCAGCUUGAUGUACUGUCUAUACAUUCACAUUGUGUGCUUCCCAAAUGGCACCGUAUUCCAUAUAUGGUCUUUGGUCAAAAAUAGUGCACUAAAUAUGGAAUAGGGUGCUAUUUUGGACAGUCAUUGAAACAGCCCACGGUCUAUGCCUUUUUCUUAUCACCUACCCAGACAUGAUUUGAUCCUGUGUUAGAUGUGCUUAAUAUCUCACCCCCCUUCCCAACUGUGGAUGGUUGUUGUUUUUUAUUCACAUUUUACGGCUGCCUUUUCUUGUUAUUAUCCAAAUUACAGUCUUUGUCAUUGUUUUCAUAUUUACAUUUUUUUCUAUUUGUUUUGUAAAAAAAAAAACGUUUUAUAACUAAAUAAAUUCCAGUAAAAA